AUGUUGCGAGCACAAGAUCAUAUGCGUCCACGGCAUGAUCUCGUCGUGGCGUCGGUCGGCGCCCUCCAAAAGGAUUCGCCCGCUUCGGUUCCCGACGCGUUGCCCCGUCCCAGCAAUGAUCGACACUUUUGCAUUCGCUACGGCAAAGUUGAUCCAAUCAAUGUUCAAUUCACUUCUGUUGUGAAUUAUUGA